UCCCUAAACGGAACAGGGGCAGCAUGGGAGUUCCGAGUUCAGACAGUGGGUGUGGCUAGGCGGGAGAGGGCGGCGGCGUUCGGAAAAACCAAGCGGGGCUUCACUUCUGCCGCUGCUGCCGCCUCAUAAAGUUCGAUAGAUUUCCUCCUGGCGAGGAACUAUUUCAAGGGCUCUUUGGAAGGCGUUUUUCCCGCCUCUCCGCCCCCUAAAAAGCGACUAUUCCACUGCCAUGGAGGCGCGCCGGGCAGUUGUUGCGGGGCCCGAAGCCACGGGGAGUAAAUGGCCGAGCAGGACCUGUUCGGUGCUCUGUUGCCUGGCGAUGGUUGCCUUGCUGGCGCUCCUGAUAGCCAUCGCUUGCCUGGCGCUGCGAGAUCCAGGACACGAAAAAGAGAAAAUGGAUAGUAUGGAAACCAGCAUUUUAGGAUUUUGGAGUCUUCUUGUUCUAGCCAUGUUGACUGGGCUGUCAUGUUGCAGUUUUUCCUGGACUGUUAUCUAUUUUGAUUCAUUUGAACCAGGAAUGUUUCCUCCUACUCCACUCUCACCUGCACGAUUUAAGCGACUGACGGGACACUCUUUUCACAUGGGUUAUAGUAUGGCUAUAUUGAAUGGAAUCGUGGCAGCUUUCACUAUAGCCUGGUAUCUUUUAUAAUCUGCUUUUAAAUCUGUGUUUCAGAAUAUAGCUCUUGAAACCAGCCUGGCAGCCAUUUGUACACAAUAUGGUAUUUGCUAUACUUCCCUUAUUUGUUUUGUUUAAUAUCGCUGAGGGAAAAUAUUAAAACACAUGAACUGAUGGGAUUUGACAAGGAAAGUCAACCCACGCAUUUAAGGAACCAUUUUCAGAUUCCACUUGACAGCCUCGACUAAGAAGGAAUGGCGAUGUUUAAUUCUGAAAAUCUUCCUACAAUAUUUUUGUAUACCAUUAAAUAAAUUUAAAAUAAGUUCUGUUCUUAAAUAUGCCUCAUAUAUAGCAACAACUUAUUGGGUUGUUCUUUAUACUAAGUAAUUCAAAGUGUUUUAUUUACUGGAAUUAGGUUUUUAAAAAUAUAUUAUUGAUUAACGGGGGGUCAUGUAUCGAGCUUAAAUUGCUUUGAUAGGUACUUUUUUCAUUGAUACAAUGAUUUGAAGUGGUUUUUUUCCCAUAUGUGUAUUCAAUAUGCAGUAUUAACCCUUCUGCCUUCCCAGUCUUUAUGCCUCAAAUACUUUGUAUUAGAGCUCCCAUG